CCGGAAAUAUGACGUCAUUAAUUUGGUACAUUUCAAUGUUUUAUGCAGAAAAUUCUCAAAAUUCAAUGAAUAUUGAUGUCUUUUGUAACCUUUUAGGAAAAUACGGGAAAUGCUCAAGUUCAGGGCGUCACAAUAAGUAUAUAGGAGGUUAUAUUGGAAAAACGAUUUGCAUGUUUUUACUGCAUCAUGUGCAUAGAAUUUCAAUAAAUCGAAAGGGUGAAUUUUAAUUUCUCACAUCACUUCCAUAUUUUAGAAAAAUAAAGGACCAAAUCUGUAUUGAAACCGUACAGUUUUGUCCUUUACAUGAUCAGAUAAUAUAAAUACUUGUGUGAGUCGCCGCUGACUACAGUAAUAUAUCUUGAACUGAUAGUAAGCACUGAUCGAAUAUAUUAAAAAUAAACUACAAGUAAUGGGGUUAUCUAUUUAUUUUACAAACCGAAAGUAGGGACUGGCCUUGGUGAUUUCCUGCAGUUGAAGAUUCUCCCUGCCGGUGACAUUCAACGUAUAAUAUACAUCUAAAUGGAUGAUAUACCUCGCCUGUCAGAGUCUGUGUAUGUAGGACUGUGUCAUGAAAUAGGGUGUCCUACUGAAGUGAGGAUCAGGAGAGAAGUGAUGGACACUGUGGAGGCUGUUUAUAAACCUGUGUACAUCAUGAGAGGAUUUGAUAGAAUGAUUAGUGGGAGUCAACGUGAGGGAUUCAGACUGAGGACUUCUGAUUUUGAUUUUAUGUUCUGGCCACCAGACCACAAGGUGAUAUGUGAUCUCUCACAGAUCAGACUCUAUCGUAUCCCACAAAACACUGUGAUCCUGAUGGAGUGUGAUGAUCUACCACCUGGAUUUACUAGACUAAAUCUGACGAUUCCAUCAAAUGAUGAAGAAGUCAUAUCCUCCUGUGUAGAGAUUGAUAACAAAAUUAAUAUAUCCAGUACGUUAUUCCGUGAUAAACACUUACGGUUUCUACAAACAAAGAACUACGCCACUUCUUCUACUUCUCAUGGUCCUUGUUCUACGUAUUGCAGUGAAAAUAUAGAAUCAGAUUGUGCAUUCUGUUUCCGAUCCCAUCACUGGCCGGCAUUAGCUUUACCAUGGAUACAAAGAUGUCUUCAACAAGGUUGGCCAUCCAAGGUAGUUAUAUCGGAUAUAUUAAGAUCGGGUUUCCAUGUUGUUCCUAUUGGCAGCACGGAUGAAAGUAUACUAGAAUGGAGAAUUUCAUUCUCUUCGGCGGAACAAAAACUUGUUUAUGCAAUGAAUCACACCCAGUUUUUAUGUUAUGGUCUGUUUAAAAUAUUUCUUAAGGAAGUAAUUAAUUUAAAUGAAGAUUUGCCAGUUCUAUGUUCAUACUUUACAAAAACUGCUGUAUUUUGGGUAAUUCAAACUAACAACGCCUUGACUUGGACACCUGAAAACUUAUUGCCUUGUUUCUGGAAAUGCUUCAAAUUAUUGAUAUAUUGGGUAUUUACCGGAGAAUGUCCAAACUUUUUUAUUCCACUGAACAAUAUGUUCCGAUUUAAAGUAACUGAAUCCAUACAAGCAGUAUUGUGUAAUAAGUUGUAUGAAUUGUAUUGUGAGGGUAUAUCAAGUUUACUACUGAGUGAAACCUUAGGACCAUUCCUCAGUCAAGCCAUCUUAUACAGAUCAUUGAGAGUCUGUACUGACGAGAGUAGUAUUAUUACUAACGCUGAGCUUGAAAUAAGUUUAUUUGAGGAAAUCCAUGUACAUAGCCAAAGAAUUUUAAGUGUUGUGGAAUGUGUAGCUCUCAUGAAGAAAAUUGAAAUAGAGAUAAGUAAAAGGUUGAUGCCCAUCCAGGAGGCUACAGUACAAUUUAUGACAUCAGAAAUAUUACGUAACACUGCCAUGCUGAAACUGUGUGAAGUAUAUCAACAUAAAAAUUGUAAUAAGGUUUAUUACAAAGCUAGUUACGUAUCCCGAUUGUUAAAAUUGUCAUGCACAAUAGGUUGUGUCUCAGAUAUUCUAUAUCUUGCAAUGUACUUUUACAGAACAUGGAGAUUUGAACGGUCACUCAGUUGUUUACAGAAAGCACAGGAGAGAAUGUCAAAGUCAUACAUUAUUUACCAUGAUAAUGUAAAUAUAGAUAUGUACAGACGUUACACGGCGGGGAUGUCUCUGUGUCGUAAAAUGAGGAAUGCUUUAGUGAAAAAUAUUGCGUUACACAGUCAGUACAUAUACAUAGAUGAACUUAUUCUAGAGCAGAAAACCAGUAAUAAUAAUGGUUGUAUUGCAUUGUUAAUCUCGCCUCUAGUGACGCUAUACAUGUUGUUUAUACUGAAUUACCACAGACUGGGUGACACAGUGACGUCACAACAAUCUCUACAGAAUCUACAGACUCUGCUUCUCUAUGAUGACGGGACUAAUGUACUUCCUCCCCUCAGAGAUAUUUCGUGGCAAAUACUAGGAAUCUGUCAACAAAUCUGUGGAGAUUUCCAGGGAGCUCUACAAUCUUACCAACAUUCGUUACAACAAUAUCCAUUUCACAAAAUUAAGGAAGCAACACUGUUUAGAAUUAAUUCACUUUCACAAGAUUGAUAUAUUGAAAAAACAUUUAUUUAACUGAUAUCGCAGGGGUCAUUGUGGCCUCAGUUUUGACGGUCAUAUUAAUAGUAAUUGAAAAGAUAAAGAAUUUAUUUAUUAUAU